GCCCUGUCUCAGGACUUGAGACUCCGUUUGGAUGGCACAGGCAGACUAAGCCCAAGUCAAAGCCCUCCCCUUGGAUGUUCAUUUUAUCCCAAGCUCUUUCUGGACCCUGGAAUUUGGCAUCCCUUAGGCCGUGGGUGGAAGGACAGCUGAGCCACGUGUUAGAUAACAUGUCUAGAGGAGUGAGCCCCUACUGUGUGCCCGGCACUUUCCCCACAGGAUCCUCUAGCUAAAAUAUCCAAGGGUCAUGGAGAGAAAUAGCCAGUUAAAAUACCAGAAAUGAAGAAGUGAUACCAUUAGAGACACUAAAAAAGACCAUUAGAGAUACUAAAUCACCAUUAGUUAAUAGUAUUAGCUUUUGUAUUCUGAGAUUCAACAGAAACAGUCACUUCCCUCCACCCCUAUGUGUAUCCCAGGACCACCCUGGCUAGGGAGGGCUGAGUUCAGGGAGGUCUGAUGCUGGUCCUGGGCUCCGGGGAUGACAGUGAUGAGGAACUGGGUGCACACAUGAGUGGGGGAGCCAGGCCUGGCCAGAGAAGUAACACACAUGUGCACAGACAUGUUUACCCACAUACACGUGUGCACGCAUGUGCACAAACACAAUGCAGGCAGGCAUGUUGACGCCUCAGGCGGCGGAGGACCUGACUCUGGGCCCUGCUGACCCGGGCAAGGCCCCAUUGUGAUGCGUGCCAUGACAUCAGAAUGUCACUGGUGCUUAGCACCUAUCCGCUCUCCAGCCUGUGUCUGUGUUCUACAGCAGUUACUAACACACAGUGGUGUUGGUGAGCAGCUUGUGGACUCAAAGGUUUUCUCCCUGAGAGGCAUAACCCAGGCCAACUGAUUCAUCAGAAUCAGGAAACUGGGCAUCUCUGUGGCCCUGAGCAUCCAAGGAGGCCGAUCGUACAGAGACCUCUGGUGCCUGACCGCAGUUCGCAUCCACAUCCCUGGAAUAGCCCAUCACAGGCUUUUCACCCUUGGCAAGUGGACACCAUUCACCCUGCCGGGGCAGGAUGGACAUGAUAGAGGAGGCAGAUAGUUUGCAGGCACAGGAGCGGGAGGACAUAAUUAUGAAGUAUCAGAAGGGACACCGAGCUGGGCUGCCAGAGGACAAGGGGCCUGAGCCUGUUGAAAUCUACAGCAGCAUUGAUCGCUUUGGGAUUCUGCAUGAGACGGAGCUCCCUCCUGUGACUGCCCGGGAGGCGAAGCAAAUUCGGCAGGAGAGAAAAAGAAAGAACAAGUGGCUGGAGAUGCUGGGUGAAUGGGAGACAUAUAAAAACAGCAAAAAGCUCAUAGAUCACAUCUAUAAGGGCGUUCCCAUGAACAUCAGGGGCCCAGUGUGGUCAGUCCUCCUGAACAUUCAGGAAAUCAAGUCGAAAAACCCCAGAAAAUAUAAGAUCAUGAAGGAGAAGGGAAAGAGGUCAUCUGAACACAUCCACCAGAUCAACCUGGACGUGAGCAGGACUCUCCGGAACCAUGUCUUCUUCAAGGAUCGAUAUGGAGCCAAGCAGCGGGAACUAUUCUACAUCCUCCUGGCAUAUUCGGAGUAUAACCUUGAAGUGGGCUACUGCAGGGACCUGAGCCACAUCGCCGCCUUGUUCCUCCUUUACCUGCCUGAGGAGGAUGCAUUCUGGGCACUGGUGCAGCUGCUGGCCAGUGAGAGGCACUCCCUGCCAGGAUUCCACAGCCCAAAUGGUGGGACAGUCCAGGGGCUCCAAGACCAACAGGAGCAUGUGGUACCCAAGUCACAACCCAAGACCAUGUGGCAUCAGGACAAGGAAGGUCUAUGCGGGCAGUGUUCCUCGUUAGGCUGCCUUCUCCGGAUGUUGAUUCAAGGGAUCUCUCUCGGGCUCACCCUGCGCCUGUGGGACGUGUAUUUGCUGGAAGGAGGACAGGUGUUGAUGCCGAUAACAAGCAUUGCCUUUAAGGUUCAGAAGAAGCGCCUCAUGAAGACAUCCAGGUCUGGCCGGUGGGCACGUUUUCGGAACCAGUUCUUUGAUACGUGGGCCAUGGACGAUGACACUGUGCUCAAGCGUCUUAGGGCCUCUACAAAGAAACUAACAAGGAUGCAAGGGGACCUGCCACCCCCAGCCAAGCCCGAGCAAGGGUCCUCAGCACCCAGUCCUGUGCCAGCUUCACGUGGCAGGAAGACCAUCUGCAAGGGGGACAGGCAGGCCCAUCCAGGCCCACCAGCACGGUUCCAGCGGCCCAUUUGGCCAGCUUCUCCGCCAUGGGCACCUCGUUCUUCCACAUCCUGUCCUGGUGACGCUGUCUGGGAAGACACCUACCCUGUGGGCACUCAGGGUGUGCCCAGCCUGGCCCUGGCUCAGGGAGGACCUCAGGGUUCCUGGAGAUUCCUGGAGUGGAACUCGAUGCCCCGCCUCCCGACAGACCUGGAUGUAGGGGGCCCUUGGUUCCCUCAUUAUGAUUUCGAACAGAGCUGCUGGGUCCCUGCCAUAUCCCAGGAGGACCAGCUGGCCACCUGCUGGCAGGCUGAGCACUCUGCGGAGGGGAACUGCCUUACUCUUCUGGAUGAUGAGGAUCAUAGAUUGGAAUAUUUGAAAAUCCAGGAUGAACAACACCUGGUAAUUGAAGUUCCCAUAGAAAAGGGAGCCACAGGUCUAAGCAACCUGGGAAACACAUGCUUCAUGAACUCAAGCAUCCAGUGCGUUAGUAACACACAGCCACUGACACAGUACUUUAUCUCAGGGAGACAUCUUUAUGAACUCAACAGGACAAAUCCCAUUGGUAUGAAGGGGCAUAUGGCUAAAUGCUAUGGUGAUUUAGUACAGGAACUUUGGAGUGGAACUCAGAAGAGUGUUGCCCCAUUAAAGCUUCAGUGGACCAUAGCAAAAUAUGCUCCCAGGUUUAAUGGGUUUCAGCAACAAGACUCCCAAGAACUUCUGGCUUUUCUCUUGGAUGGUCUUCAUGAAGAUCUCAACCGAGUCCAUGAAAAGCCAUAUGUGGAACUGAAGGACAGUGAUGGCCGACCAGACUGGGAAGUAGCUGCAGAGGCCUGGGACAACCAUCUAGGAAGAAAUAGAUCAAUUGUUGUGGAUUUGUUCCAUGGGCAGCUAAGAUCUCAAGUCAAAUGCAAGACAUGUGGGCAUAUAAGUGUCCGAUUUGACCCUUUCAAUUUUUUGUCUUUGCCACUACCAAUGGAUAGUGAUAUGCACUUAGAAAUAACAGUGAUUAAGUUAGAUGGUACUACCCCUGUACGGUAUGGACUAAGACUGAAUACGGAUGAAAAGUACACAGGUUUAAAAAAACAGCUGAGUGAUCUCUGUGCACUUAAUUCAGAACAAAUCCUUCUAGCAGAAGUACAUGAUUCCAACAUAAAGAACUUUCCUCAGGACAACCAAAAAGUAGGACUCUCAGUGAGUGGAUUUUUGUGUGCAUUUGAAAUUCCUGUCCCUGCAUCUCCAAUUUCAGCUUCUAGUCCAACACAGACAGAUUUCUUCUCUUCGCCAUCUACAAAUGGAACAUCCACCCUAACUACCAAUGGGGACCUACCCCGACCAAUAUUCGUCCCCAGUGGAAUGCCAAACGCUGUUGUGCCAUGUGGAACUGAGAAGAACUUCACAAAUGGAAUGGUUAAUGGUCACAUGCCAUCUCUUCCUGACGGCCCCUUUACAGGUUACCUCAUUGCAGUCCACCGAAAAAUGAUGAGGACAGAACUGUAUUUCCUGUCACCUCAGGAGAAUAGCCCCAGCCUCUUUGGAAUGCCAUUGAUUGUUCCAUGUACUGUACAUACCCGGAAGAAAGACCUAUAUGAUGCGGUUUGGAUGCAAGUAUCCUGGUUAGCGAGCCCACUCCCACCUCAGGAAGCUAGUAAUCAUGCCCAGGAUCGUAUCGGCUGUCAAUAUCCAUUCACUCUACGAGUUGUGCAGAAAGAUGGGAACUCCUGUGCUUGGUGCCCAGAGUAUAGAUUUUGCAGAGGGUGUAAAAUUGAUUGUGGGGAAGACAGAGCUUUCAUUGGAAAUGCCUAUAUUGCUGUGGAUUGGGACCCCACAGCCCUUCACCUCCACUAUGAAAUGUCCCAGGAAAGGGUUGUAGAUAAGCAUGAAAGUGUGCAGCAGAGUCGGCGAGCGCAAGCCAAGCCCAUCAACCUGGACAGCUGUCUCCGUGCUUUCACCAGUGAGGAAGAGCUAGGGGAAAAUGACAUGUACUACUGUUCCAAGUGUAAGACCCACUGCUUAGCAACACAGAAGCUGGAUCUCUGGAGGCUUCCACCCUUCCUGAUUAUUCACCUUAAGCGAUUUCAAUUUGUAAAUGAUCAGUGGAUAAAAUCACAGAAAAUUGUCAAAUUUCCUCGGGAAAGUUUUGACCCGAGUGCUUUUUUGUUAUCACAAGACCCAGCUCUCUGCCAGCAUAAACCAUUCACACACCAGGGGGAUGAGCUCUCCAAGCCCAGGAUUCUGGCAAGAGAGGUGAAGAAAGUGGAUGCACAGAGUUCGGCUGGGGAAGAGGACAUGCUCCUGAGCAAAAGCCCAUCCUCACUCAGCGCUAACAUCAGCAGCAGCCCAAAAGGUUCUCCUUCUUCAUCAAGAAAAAGUGGAACCAGCUGUCCCUCCAGCAAAAACAGCAGCCCUAAUAGCAGCCCACAGACUUUGGGGAGGAGCAAAGGGAGGCUCUGGCUGCCCCAGAUUGGCAGCAAAAAUAAACUGUCAAGUAGUAAGAAGAACUUGGAUGCCAGCAAAGAGAAUGGGGCUGGGCAGAUCUGUGAGCUGGCUGACGCCUUGAGCCGAGGGCAUAUGCAGGGGGACAGCCAACCAGAGCUGGUCACUCCUCAGGACCACGAGGUAGCUUUGGCCAAUGGAUUCCUUUAUAAGCAUGAAGCAUGUGGCAAUGGCUGUGGCAAUGGCUACAGCAAUGGUCAGCUUGGUAACCACAGUGAAGAAGACAGCACUGAUGACCAAAGAGAAGACACUCAUAUUAAGCCUAUUUAUAAUCUAUAUGCAAUUUCAUGCCAUUCAGGAAUUCUGAGUGGGGGCCAUUACGUCACUUAUGCCAAAAAUCCAAACUGCAAGUGGUACUGCUACAAUGACAGCAUCUGUGAGGAAUGUCACCCUGAUGAAAUUGACACCGACUCUGCCUACAUUCUUUUCUAUGAGCAGCAGGGGAUAGACUAUGCACAAUUUCUGCCAAAGAUUGAUGGCAAAAAGAUGGCAGACACAAGCAGUAUGGAUGAAGACUUUGAGUCUGAUUACAAAAAGUACUGUAUGUUACAGUAAAGCUACCACUCUGGCUGCUAGACAGCUUGGUGGUGAGGGAGAUGACUCCUUGCCAAGCUGUACCUGGCAAAAGUGUCACUGAAAGGCAAGCUAAAUGUAGUUAUUUUAUCCUGUUAGAAUACAAAUUCUAAUUAAAAUAGUUAACUUUAA